UGAUUCUAUUGGUUAAUCAUGUGUCACUGAGGCAGAUGGCGGCGCUGUGAGCCGGUUUUUAUUAAACAUGGCAGUACCGGCUGCAAGAUCCGUGGUGUUUGUGACUGGAAACGCGAAAAAAUUAGAAGAGGUUGUUCAAAUCCUCGGUGACAAAUUCCCCUACAAACUUAUUUCUAAGAAGAUUGACUUGCCUGAAUACCAAGGAGAACCUGAUGAGAUCUCAGUACAGAAGUGCAAAGAGGCAGCAAGACAGGUAGAUGGGCCAGUGAUCGUGGAGGACACCUGCCUGUGUUUCAAGGCACUAGGAGGUCUACCAGGGCCAUACAUAAAAUGGUUUCUGGAUAAACUGAAGCCAGAGGGACUGUACAAGCUUUUAGCAGGUUUUGAAGAUAAAUCAGCCUGGGCUCUGUGCACAUUUGCUUUUUCUCCUGGCAAAGAAGAGCCUGUUCAGCUCUUCAGAGGAAUCACUGAAGGCAGGAUUGUAGAGCCCAGAGGCCCCAGAGACUUUGGAUGGGAUCCCUGUUUCCAGCCUGAUGGCUAUGAUAAAACUUAUGCAGAGCUCCCUAAAGAAGUGAAGAACAGCAUCUCUCACCGGUACCGCGCCCUGGCAGCCAUGUCGGAACACUUCUCCAAACUGAAUGACACCCCAGAGACCAAACGCACCAAACACAGCGACUGAUCACAAGCAGGUUCAACCAAUCAGAAAUCAGCUAGUCCUGUCAAUAUCGGGCAUCUGGCCAACAUGACCUGCUGCAACUAUCAAGACUCGUAAAACGGUUUUAAAAAGCAGUCUGUACAAUAUCUUUGAAAUAAAAUUUUAAAAAUGUGGUGUACUGUA